AUGAGCGCACCCUGGGGUUACGAGACACACAAUGGACCUGAACAGUGGCACAAGCUUUAUCCCAUUGCCCAGGGGGAUCAUCAAUCUCCAAUUGACAUCAAAAGCAAGGAAGCAAAGUAUGACGAGUCGCUGAAGUCUCUCAGUAUAAACUACAACCCAUCUUCUAUUAAAGCUAUCCUCAACGUCGGACAUUCAUUUCACGUCGUUUCUGAAGACACUGCGGAUAUCUCAGUGGUAAAAGCAGGCCCAUUAAAAUCAAGUUACCGUCUGAACCAGUUCCACUUCCACUGGGGACCUUCCAAUGACUUUGGGUCAGAACACACUGUGGAUGGGAAGGGAUACGCAUCAGAGUUGCAUCUUGUUCACUGGAACUCUGAGAAAUACUCCAGUUUUGCUGAAGCCUCAAAAAAUCUGGAUGGAUGUGCAGUCCUAACUGUUUUUCUAAAGGUUGGCAAUGCACACCCAGGACUGCAGAAAGUGGCGGAUGCUUUAAGCCUCAUUAAAACAAAGGGUAAACAAGCACCUUUUACCAAUUUUGAUCCAGCAACGCUACUUCCUGCAUCAAAAGACUACUGGGCCUAUAUUGGUUCUUUAACUCACCCUCCACUGCUCGAAUGUGUCACCUGGGUUAUAUUCAGAGAUCCAAUAAGUGCCAGUCCUGACCAGCUCAACCAAUUCCGCAGCCUCCUUUCCUCUGCUGAUGGGGAAAAAGAAUGUCCAAUCCUUACCAAUCACCGUCCAACGCAACCUCUGAAGGGCAGACAAGUCCGAGCUUCCUUCUCAUAAAUCAUGGUGCAACCAAAAUCAUAGAAUUUAUUCUGUUAAGUAAA